GGAGGACCUCGAAACAACAGAGCGACGUCGGCCAUUUGGCCAUACACCUACCGACAAAAAAUCAAAUCAAAACAAAAGGAAACAACACGAAACGAAACGAAACGAAACCAAGUCCGAUCAUUAGAACACAAGACAUUGCAAAACAGCCAUCGUAACGAACAGAACCGCAAACCAGCAACUUCUACCACUACCACCACCACACAACCGACCAUGAGAUACGACCUGGCCUUUUUCCUGUGCUGCUGCCGAUCGUUUCUCGGUGAUGGCGAGAACGACGACGGCGAGGCCAGCGGCUUUUACGGACUUCUGGGCGUCGAGUCCGACGCCACCCCCGACCAGAUCAAGCGGGCCUACAAGCGGCGGUCCCUGCAGAUGCACCCCGACAAGCUGGCCCAGCGCGGAAAACCCGUCACGGACGAGGACCGGGCACGGUUCACCCGCAUGAAGGACGCCUACGAGUGCCUCAGCGAUCCGCACAAGCGGGAGACCUAUGACGCGAUCGGCGAGAAGGGCAUGAAGUGGCUGGACGAACCCUUCUCGGUGGACCCGCAGGAGCUGGCGGGGAACUUUGCCAGGUCCUCGGUCCUGGACCGCUCCAAGAUUUUUGCCAUCUUUGUCGGCCUGGCGGUGGCCCUGCUGGCCCUUCCGGUGGCGGUCUGCCUGCAUCUGGACGGGGACCUGGGGGACGACGCCUCCUGGUCGGUGACCCUGGUGCCGCUGUGGAUCUGGAACGCCAUGGCACUCUUCUACCACUCCCGAGUCCUCACGAUGCCCACCGUGUCGGCACCGGACGGUGUGCCGCCGGAAGAAUGGAUCGACCCCUUUCCGAUGAAGGACCGGAUCCGGUCCCUGUUCCGGUUCCUGCUGCUGGUCUCGGCCGAGAUCCUGCUCGCUUUGAAGCUGGACGAGGUCCUGGAAUGCGCGUGGGGCCUCGUGUUUCUCCCGGUCUACCUCUGGGAGGCCGCGAAUGUCCACGAGCAGUGGCCGCUGUCGAGGCUCCGGACCCUCACAGUAGAAGACCUGGAGGCGGCCCUCGGGAAGCCCCUCGGGGAGUGCACAGCCGACGAAACGGAGGCGAUCCGGAGGGCCUACGUGGUCGUCCCAUCGGCCGAAAGCCCCGAGUUCGCCGAGGCGGAGGAGCGGAAAGCCCGCGCCGCGCGGGAACUCGCUAAGAGCGCCGCUCGGGCCAUCGUUCUCUCCGCCCUGGCGGUCCGGCUCGAUACCCGCGCCGACUGGAACUGGUGGCUGGUCUUUCUGCCGGUCUGGAUCCUCUCCCUUGGGGCCUGCCUGACCGACUACCUAAGUUUUGCGGAAGCCUCGGCGAGUGCCGCCGAAAAAGACCCCGGGCUCUUUGGGGGGGACCGGGACGAUCCCGAGGCAGCGGCAACGACACGGGCGUCUUUCGGAGCGAGCGGUAGUGCCGCGGCAGCGGAAACCACCAGCGCCGUCCAGAGCGGGGAAAGCGGCGGCCCCGGAAGUGGCGGCACCGCCACCAACUACGGAUCGGUAGGGGCCGACGGUGCCGCGACCCCUUCCGCCGCCGCGGCCGGGUCGGACCUAUCGGAGGAAGAAAAGGACCGGCUGCGGGAGCACGUGAUGAACCAGGGGUCGGAGUGCUGCACCCGUUGCUGCUGGCGGGGAUGCUUUUUGCUCCUGAUGGGCCUCGUGGCGGCCAAGCUGCAGGGCGCUGCCUUUUCGGCCUUUUGGAUUAUCUCUCCUUUUCUGUUUGCGGUACGUUAGUCUGUGAGCUUUUUGUUCCUGUGUCCAUUUUGGUUGCGUCCUUUUGUCUUUGUGUUUGCCUUCGGAAGUGUGAUCUGUUGCUGCUGGGGAUCGAGUCAACCAAUCGUGGCGAGCCGAAACAGAGGAUGCAUUUCGACACCCAAAUCUCCGUUGCAAUCUCACACGGCCCUUCCAAACUCGACCCACUGCACACUUCAACCCUUUGUUUGCUUCAUUUUUCUCACAAACCCGAACCCAACACCGCGGCAUCGCAGGCCGGAAUCAUCCUCCUUUGCUUGGGGUUCGCGAUUUUUGGCGUAUCGGAAACGACCGAUGGCGAAGAGCGCGGAGCCGAGUUUUAUUCGCACCCCGCAGCGAGUGACAUCACCACCAAUGCACAGCCUUCGACAAACAUUGUCUUGCCGGUGGCACCAGGCACUCCGGAUACCCGAGGGCUGCUGGCAACAGCUGGAGGGUCGAGCGCUAGUGAAAACGAGAUGGAGAUUCGUGGACUUGAUUAGCUAUAAUCACGCAGUGCAAUACGCAAGGAUUUGUUAGCUUUUAACUUGUUAGUAU